CGAUCAUCCAUGCUGACAGCCAUGAUAAACAUCACGUGCAGCAAGGGGUCUCUUCUGGACUGUGUCCAUCUCGUCAAACCAAGCUUUUUAGCAGCCCCUUCAGCGUCGUACGCGACAACGACAUUCCGCGCUGGAUACCGGCCUGCUCUGCGCUGUCCUUCAACGUUGCUGACCCUUCGCUCUUUAACUGGGGCCACAUCUUGGAGGACAAGGACAAGAAGACAGCGUCAGCGUACGUGUCUGUCAGCAGGUAGAAUGGUUAUUUAAACCCUGUCUGGUCCAGUUGCGCGAUUGCUCUCAGACGGAGGCUGGGAUUUUCACUCGUUUAAACAUUUGUCGCUCAUUAUUACCUCUGUCUUUCUUUUUUCUAUUUUCUGGUCGUUUCAUUCCCUAUCAAGGUCGCCAAUAUGGUGGGCCCCAAACAGAUUUUGUGUUUGUCCGCUCUCUUCUUAAACACGCUUGCAGCAGCGCUCCCUCUCAGUCAAGGCGCAGACGCCUCGGCUAGAUUCCCCUCUAUCAUCACAGACGACCCUCCCUUUGAUAUAUGGAAUGAAACAACUGGGAUAAGCUUCUUCAACUCGACGAAUUUUACCUUAGGCAUUGGUGCCGGUGAUGGCCCUGCUAAUAACCCCGCUCAAUCCGCUAGCUGCUCUAGCCUCACUGCCGGCUCUUCCCAGUUCUGGUAUGAGGCAAUCACUCAUAACGGAGAGUCGUCGUACUUGACUGCAGCGGAUAAGGCCAGUUAUUCGGUCUUUCGAAAUGUAGUCACUAGUUUUGGAGCAGACAAUACAGGCGCGAAAGAUGCGUCUGCUGCUAUCCAGAAUGCCAUCAAUGCUGGAGUCACCGGGGCAUUUGACCGGACCACAAAUUCAACAGGAACGACGACGAAGCCUGCAAUAGUUUAUCUACCGUCCGGGACGUACUUGAUGCAAGCUAGUAUCCAACUCUUCGUUGGUACUGUGAUUGUGGGAGAUCCGAUCAAUCCUCCCGUUUUGAAGGCGAGCAGUAAUUUUCCGGAUGAUCAUAUUGUUUAUGGCAAGGACCCGAACCUGGGUGGCACGGUCAAUUUCUAUAUUGGUAUAAAGAACAUUGUCAUCGAUUCGACUGCCGUAGAGCCAUCGCAGUCUCUUGCACUCCUUGACUGGACCGUCAGCCAAGCAACUCAGAUCACCAACGUUAUGUUCAAUAUGCCACUUGGUUCCACGGGGCAUACUGGUCUCACCACUGAUUAUGGGUAUAACAGCAACACUAUCCUGGGUGAUCUCACGUUCUAUGGUGGUAACAUUGGUCUGGAUCUCAGCGGUCAGCAAUGGGUCUUCAAAGGCAUCACCUUCAAUGGAACAAAGACAGCCGUGAUAGCAGGGGCUACGAACAUCGUAUUUCAAGGAUGCACGUUCAACGGUGUCAAUAUUGGAAUUAAUGCGAGCAGUACCUCGGGUUCACUGACUGUCAUCGACUCGACGGGUAUCGUUAGCGACACGCUGAUCAGCUCCUACAGCUCUGGCAGCGCGACGAACUCGAUUGUCCUUGACAAUGUCCAGAACGUUGGAAACACGGUCACCCUUGGAGGAAGCGUAGUCCUUAGCGGGAGCGUGACAGACACGUGGGUACAUGGAGAUCUGUACACCUCGGGCGACUCCUAUCAGCAAUACGAAUCAGGUCAGACAGUGAAUACGCCACGGCCCUCAGCGCUCGUGUCUAGUGGUGAUUACUUCACUAUGAAGCCCCCAACCUACCAGGAAUAUGCCGUGGAUCAAUUCGUAAACAUCAAGACAGUCACGGACUACCCCGUCUACGGUGAUGGUUACACGGACGAUACUGAGAAUAUAAAUGCUAUUCUCCAACAAUACGCUGGCUGCAAGAUUAUUUACUUCCCAGCUGGGACAUACAUUGUGACAGAUACGGUUCUCGUGCCGAAAGGCUCUCGUAUCUUUGGCGAUGCAUACGCCUCUGCCAUCAGUGCUAGCGGGGCCAAUUUUGCGAAUGCUCUUACACCGACGGCCAUGGUACAGGUUGGGGAGCCCAACGAUGUAGGAGUGGCCCAGAUCAGCGAUAUGAUGUUCACUGUCUCUGACGUCCUGUCUGGAUGCAAAAUGGUUGAGGUUAACAUUGCAGGUUCUAAUCCUGGAGACGUGGGUUUCUGGAACUCUCACUUCCGCGUCGGCGGUGCCAAGGGAACUACCAUUGAAGAUGUUUGCCUGAAUGAUCCCGAUACCUGCAAAGCCGCAUGGGGCAUGAUGCAUCUCACCAACACAUCAUCCGCUUAUCUCGAGAAUAUGUGGGGUUGGACGGCAGAUCAUGACCUGGACGGUAACAACAACCAGACGAUUGCGACUGGUCGUGGCAUCCUGGUCGAAGCAACGAAGGGGACCUGGCUGGUAGGAACGGCAUUCGAACACAACACGCUUUACCAGUACAACUUCAAUAAUGCUUCAAAUGUCUUCUCGUCUAUGCAACAGAGCGAGACGCCGUACUGGCAGGGUCCUGGAAGCGAAUAUGCGCCUGCCCCGUGGGCUGGUAGCCUCAUCGCCAGCGAUCCAGACUUUUCCAACUGCGCCACAGAUGAUGCUCUCUGCCGCAUGGCAUUCUUUGAACUAAUUCAGGGAUCGUCAGAGCUGUUCCUCUAUGGUGGCUGCGUGUGGGCUUUCUUCAACGACAACGGUAACUGCAAUGCUAGCAAUGGCGAUUGCCAAACGAACGCCAUCAGCACCCAGUCUUCUUCAGCACUCUAUUUGUAUAACACCAACGUGAAGAGCAUAACCAAUAUUGUAUUGGACAAUUACACGCCUAUUGCGACCGAGGCAGAAAAUACUGGUGGAUGGGGGGGCGUCGUCGCCGCGUAUCUGUACAGUACAUAGAUGCCGUGCAGACAGUAAGUUGUCGGACGAACAUAGCCUACAUGUACAUAUCAGAUUUGUCCCUUUUUUUCUUUUCUUUUCUUUUUUUCUUCUUCAAUUAUAUAGACUAUGCGAACGUGCUGUUCUUAGUGUUUCUGGGCUAAUUCAAACUUAAAAACUUCUCCGG